AUGUCUGACAAGGGAGAACAAGUGACUGCUGACGAAGACGCCAAAUCACUUAACAAACGAGAACCGUCGACUACAGACAACGGUAUGGCCUUAGAAGAAAUGAUGGGGGCUAUACUGACUCUCCAAAAGACAACUCAGAGACAAUUUCUGGCCGUACAAGAGCAGAAUAGCGCCUGA